CUGGGUUUCCUCGCUGGACGCAUCGAUUGCUGCGCUCAGUUCAAACUGAAUUUUCAUUGCGAGCGCGUCUGCCGCUUCUUCACGCUCGCCCUCUCGCUCUCGCUCUCUCCCACUCGCCCACUGGCCCACUCGCUCUCUGCCGAGAAAAAAGCUGAUAAACGGCGGACAAAAGCAAACGAAAGCAAACCGACACCGAACUUUUGCCCAAGUGCAGUUUUAUUUGAUCAGUGUGCAAAGACGCGUUGUUUGGUUAACGCCGGCCGACGGCUCAGCGAAAUAAAUAAAUAAAUAAAUAAAUGCAAAUAGCAAACACACGCACACACACACCUUUUUUUUAAGUCCUACGCGAGUGAACACCUAGCCCCUUCCCCCUUCUAACGAAAAAGUGCAUAAAUAGACCCUAAUUCCAUGGCCUAAACUACGGACCAUAAUGGUUUUGGAGACCUCCGAGGGCGAUACCAAAAAGUUCCUGACCAACAACAAUAACUCGAGCGCCAGUCGCAAUAACAACAACAGCAGCAGCCGCAGCAACAACAACAACAACAGCAGCAGCCGCAACAACAACAACAACAGCAGCAAUCACAGUCACUGUCACAGUCCGAAGGAAAUUGAAGAGGAGACUGGCCGGAGUAGCAGCACCAGCAGCAGCCGCAUCCCAACGCCCAACGCCCACCGGACCACCGCCGGUCAGCAUCUGUUGGGUGGCUCCCCAUCGAGCGCCUGCUCCACAUCCGUUUCCGGUUGCGGCAUGCCCUCCGAGGGCCUCCAUCCGACGGCCGCCCUCCAGCUGUAUGCCGCCGCCGCCCAACUGGCGCCCAACGGCGUCCGCGUGCCGCCCUGGGGUCCCUUCCUGCAGUUCGGCGUGCCGGGCGUCUUUGGCCCGAACGGACCCUUCCUCGGGCGGCCCCGCUUCGAUGCCGCCUCCGCCGGCGGACAUCCGAAUUCCGCUGCUGCCGCCGCGGCCGCCACCCAAAUGGCCGCUGUGAAUGCCAGCAAUGCGUUCGCCAAUCUAACGGGACUGAGCGCGGCGGCGCUGCGGAACGUGAGUGCCGCCCAAACGACGGCGGUGGCGGCCGUCGCCAGUACAGUGGCCACCAUCCAGCACCGACUGAUGAUCGGCAACCGGCAGAGUUUGCCGCCGGCGGGACCGCCCAGCGAAGGAUCCAACGAGGAUGGCGGUUUUCCCGGCGACGGCGACGACGACAGCAGCGCGGCCAAGCGGCGCAGGUCGCGCACCAACUUCAACUCCUGGCAACUGGAGGAGCUGGAGAGGGCCUUCUCCGCCAGCCACUAUCCGGACAUCUUCAUGCGGGAGGCCCUGGCCAUGCGGCUGGACCUCAAGGAGUCGCGAGUUGCGGUAUGGUUCCAGAAUCGACGUGCCAAGGUGCGUAAGCGCGAGCACACGAAGAAGGGACCCGGCCGCCCCGCCCACAACGCCCAGCCGCAGACCUGCAGCGGCGAGCCCAUUCCGCCCAACGAGCUCAAGGCCAAGGAGCGAGCCCGUCGCCGAAAGAAACUGGCCAAGGCCAUCGACCGGCAGGCCCGAAAACUGCAGGCCAAGGGCAUCACCGUGGACCUGGAGGCCCUCAAGGCCGAGUACAUAUCACAGCACAAGGCGAACGGCACCUUCUCGGACUCGGAUCUGGAGGACGAUGGCAUCCAGAUCGACGUGGUGGGCGGCGCGGACAGCGACGACGAGGGCGACAGCGACGCCGUCAGCCCGGUGCGUCUCGGUGGAGGAGGUGGAGGUGGUGGUGGUGGUGGUGGGGCUGGUGUCACAGGAGUCGGCGGAGGUGGAGGUGGAGGUGCCGCCUCAUCGCUCCACUGCGGACUGGAUGGCGAUGGCGACAGUUCGCGGGCGGGCAGCUUCAUCGGCGGCGGCGGCAGCCUGGGCAGCCCCAGCUCGGUGGCCCCGCACUCGAUGCUCUCCAAUGGAGCGGUCCAGUUCGGCAAGCUGGAGCCGAUGGAUGGCAACGAGUCCGAGGAGCGGGACAGGGAGCGCGACUCGCCGAAACCGCUGCUCUUUCCCGCCAAGGCCUUCCACCAACUGAACCUGCAGAGCAGCCAACAGCACCACGGACUGGUCGUGGGCCAAGGCCAGGGUCAGGGAUCGGGAUCUGGAUCGGGAUCUGGACACGGGCACGGGCAUGGGCAGCAGCACAACCACCACCAGCAUCAGCAUCAGCACCACCUUCAUCAUGGCAGUGCAUCCGCCUCGGCGGCGGCGGCAGUGGCCAAUCUGGUGCACCAGACAUCGCCGAUCAGCAUGCGACGGAGCAAUCCCUUCAGCAUCGAAUCCUUGCUGUUCAACAACACGUGAGGCAACCACGCGAGGAUCGCGAUCCGGCCGAAUCCCCUCGAGACCCCUUUGAUUUCCGCGUUCCUAGAAUAUUUUGCUCAACUUACUUCCACUUCUCCCACUCUAAGUUUCACCAUUUGUACGUAUCUUCGGUUCAGAGCUUGAAUAUUCCCUAAGUGAUUUAUUUAUUCGAAUGUAAUGUGUAGUGCAUUUUUUUUGUAUUUUUUAUAUUUUAUUUUGUACCGUACACCUGUUCCCAGAGAGAGACUAAAUUAGUGUUGUAAAUGAAUUUAUUAUUUGUACUGCGUAUACAUAUACUAUAAAUAACCUUUUUUUUGAGUGGCUGAUGCCCAAAGCAAUGCUUGAAACAUGAAUAAUAUAAUUAUGUAAUAGAAGUCUAUUGACUAAGGACAUUUUUUUUCAAAGUGUGAUUGUGUUUGAAUGUGUGUGUAUGUGCGCGCGUGUGUGUGAGAGAGAGAGCCUGCGUAAAAAUGUAAUUUAAUUUAGCAAAACAAAAGGAAACCAACUGACGAUGGGAAACACAAAGAAUUGAAGGAAUAGAAAUCCACGAGUUAAGUAAGCGAAUUUUUUUUUUUUUGUGUCGAAAAAAGCAGGCUAGAAUAUUACAAAUAUGAUGAGAACCCACACAAUAUUACGUAUAGACAUGCAAAGAACGGCGAAAUGGCUGCUAAAAAUUAUAUUGUAUUGUAUCUAAAAACUGAUUGUCAAACAACAAUAAAAUGCGAAUCUGUAAAGAGAGAAAAACCACA